ACCACUAUGACCGAUUUCAGUACGGCUAUGCCAAAACCUCCAGCAGCUCUUGCCAGAUCCAUCAGGCCUCCCGUUCCUAGGCUGCCUGGCAAGCCUGUUGGGAAAGCUGAUGUAGUCGUGAAGAAGCCAGCAGCUCGUACGCAGUCACAGCCGCGACCAAGUGCCGAAGGUUAG